AUGGAAGAUCUAAGAUACAAAGAAUUUCCAAAAAGUAUACAGUUAGAUGGAAGUAAUAUGUCUACAAUAGUACACAAAUCAGCUACAGUAUUUUCUGAUAGCUCUACUAAUUUACUAAAUUGUUCUAAAUGUAAAAACUAUCAACUUCAAGAUUCUUAUUUAUGUGCAUUGUGUGGUAGCAUAGUAUGUAUUAAUUGUAAGUCUUCAGAUAUAAUAGUUCUUGCAAAUAAAGUAAAUGUAUGCCACUAUUGUCUCGAAAAAAUAACCAACGAUAAGAUUAAUAAUAUCCAGGAGGAACUAGAUAUUAAAAAUCAAAUAAAUUUAAAUUUAAAGAAAGGUUUAGAGGAACAAUUACAGAUUAUAGCUAGAUGUAAAUCAUUUAUUACCUCAAUUGAAGGUAGUUUACUACAGCAAGGAUUAUGGAAAAAUCUAUGUGAACUAAGAAAUGAAAUUCCAUUAAGUGAUCUUUUUCAUGAAAGUGAAUCUGGAAUUCAACACUGGGUACAGACAAUAAGAAAAUUGGAAAAAGAAAAUUUAGAGCUUAAGGUACAACUACAAGAUUAUCAGUAUAAUAUAGUUACAUUGGAGGAACAGGUAAAACUAUUAAUGGAUGAUUGCAAAAGUUCACAAGGAUUCAUAGAAUCAUUCAAACAAGUUUCCUUUGAGAGAGAAAAUCUUAAGAAUGUUGCAACUGAAACGGCUAAUUUAGUGGAGAAGUAUAAAAUAGAAAAUGAAAGCCUUAAGAUCCGUUGUUUCAGAUUAGAACAACGUGUAAAGCAACUAACAGAUAAUUAUAGCAAUGAUUUUGAUCAAUUCCCUAUAAUAUCUUUUAAUAGAAGUGCAACAAAUGACUCCCGUAUAAUUACACUAUCAAGUGGAUUACAGCAGAAUCAUGUUGUAUUCGAAAACACCUCAGAUGUAUUCAGAAAUGCUCAACUAGUUCAGUGUUGGGAAAGUUUCAUUGUCUUUAUUAGUAAGAUUUGCUGUUGUUAA